CGUAAUAAACUGGACGAUCGCACCGUAUGAAUAUGUUCCACGCCAGAUUUCACGGUUGAUUGAUCAGUGCUGUUGAUGUGGCAUCGUCAAUUCCUAGCGUUGGAAUUGUACACGCGAUCUGCCAGCGGAAAUUUGUAUUGAACCCACCGCACCACGCUCCCAUCGCCAACGGAGCGCAACCCUGGUCGUUAUUGUCGCUCCAUGUCAUAAUCGAGCUAGCUAGCUUUGCAUGCUCUACAGCUCUCUAGCUCUGCCUCUAGUUACCGCUAUCUCCAGCUCCAGUCCACGUCGCGUCCCAUACAAGAGUAGAGUCUAGACCAAAAUUACGGAAGGAAGCUCACUUGUUUAUGCUGACAUCCUACCAUUCUUACUUGGCAACGAUAUGGAUUCAGACGAGGCAAGAUAGACCCUAAAAUCACAUGAAAUGAAAUAUGAUUUUCUGGGAUUUCUCGACCAUGUUGAACUAGCAACAUUUGGAGCAGCUGUGGAAAAAUACUUCAGAACUUUGGAACGAGAAUACAUCAGACAAAGCAGCUGGAAUUCGUAAUCAAGAAUUGAUACAUGUAGCAGAAUCGUUUUGGAAAGCUAAGACUCACACAAGCUGAGAGAAGGAAAAUAAAACUAUUGAGUCAUCAUGGAAAUCUAUGUGAUAUCAGCGUUCUUAUUGUCUCUGUUUAUGUGCGCAAUAGAUGCACUGACAGUAGACUUCUCCAACUACAAGCCAAAGUAUACUACUCACCCUUUGCUGUAUUUUAACAAGCGAGACAUUCCAGACUUGAUUGCAAAAGCCAGCACAACUCAUGAACAUAUAACAAAGGUCAUCGAUGAAGCCGUUACCAUCUUGAUGGGUAACCCCAAGCGAUUCUUACCCCCCACGGACUAUGCAAAGUUUGGAGGAAUAUGGAACGAGUAUUAUGGCAAUAAUCUACCUCCCCUGGCGCUGUACACCGUGCUUCACCCAGAAGAUAAAAAGGCCAAGAUAUUUUUACUGGAGUACAUGGAUUUGAUGGCUGGACAUCCAAAGUGGCAAGUUAUUGCUGCAGCUACAGAUGAAGUCCCUGUGGCACAUUCCCUGACUGGCUUUGCUACUGCCUUUGACUGGAUAUACAACACGCUGGAUAGCAAACGCCAGAAGCUGUAUCUCCAACGUAUAUUUAACGAGACCAAAGAUUUUAAUCGGUAUAUAAAGAUUCGCUCGUGGGGACAUUUUUAUCUACAGAAUCAUGUUGCUACGAAUCUGCUGGCAUUCCUGCAUGGAGCCCUUGUAGUGCAUGCUCAUCUUGAAGAAGCAAAGACAUGGGUAGAAACGGCUGUUUAUAAGUUAGAACAGAAUAUGAAGCUUUUCAACCACCUCAUCGAUGGAUCCUCUGAUGAAGGAGUGCCCUAUGGUUCAUAUACAUCAAGGUCAAUGAUGCAAUAUAUCUUUCUCGCUUUAAGACAUUUCAGGAUUGAUCACACUAAAGAUAUCUGGGUGAAAGAGCAUUAUUGGUUUUACUAUCACACUGUUAAACCUCAGUUCCAGAGAACCCUCAGUGUUGCUGACUCUAACCACAAUUGGUUCUAUGGUCCUGAGAGUCAGGCUGUAUUUCUGGAUGCCUAUGUGAUGAAGAACGGCUGGGGAAAUUGGUUGGCGAGGGAGAUUCGGAAUGCACGUCCAGAUCCGUUGACAGAUACAGAAAAGCUAAAAUCUGCCGAUUCUCAGAGGUGGUGCACAAUACAUACUGAGUACAUCUGGUAUGAUGCUACCAUCCCAGCUGUUCCUCCACCUUCCAGUGGGAAACCUACCAUGCACGUAUUCUCUGAUUGGGGAGUAGUGACGUACAGCAGUACGGAUCCAAGGAACCCCAAUGACACGUUUUUGUCCUUCAAGUCAGGUGCCCUCAUGGGUGCUGCUAUGAGUGAUGUGGUUAAGAGGGACAUGUACAAAUCUUGGCCGAUGAACGGAUGGAAUAGCUUUAACCCAGGGCAUGAACAUCCCGAUCAGAAUACCUUUGAGUUUGUGCCCAAUGGACGACUGUUUGUGACUGAUGGACUCUACUCUUCCAAGCUGUCACAUUACAAUAAUAUUCUCUCAUUUGCUCCAUCCCCAACCAGCCACUGCCAAGAGCCAUGGGAGGGGCAGCUUGGUGAAUGUGCAAAAUGGCUUGACUGGAAGAAUCCUGACUUGGUUGAGUAUCGUGGAGAUCUCAUUAGUACUGCAACCUCAAAUGACUUUGUAUUCAUCGCCGGUGAAGCAGCUCCUGCAUACAACCCAUCAAUGAAACUUGAAUCUGUUUAUAGAUCCUUAACUCUCUUGAAUCCUAACCUACUCUUGGUGUUUGAUCAUGUGGAAGCAAGCGAAUCAUCUCCUCUGACCCACUUGGCAGCAUACUUUCGCAAUGUUCAGUACAGUUUUGAGCUUGACAAGUUGUCAUCUUUGCUUCAAGGUGCCAGUAUAACUAUGGAUGGAGAAAAGUACAGCAUGUAUUGGAUUAGUUCAGAUGGAAGAAGCACAGUGGCAGCUGUCCAAGAAGAGAAGCCCUCUCAGUACCAAGCACGUCCUACAAGCUUUGUGAAUAUGACCUUCAAGCUAUCGCCCCGCAUAACAAGGCUUGCGUAUAUCCUCUGUGGUCCAUCAAUCAAGCUCAAAAAUCUGCAGUUCCUUGAGAGCAUUGAAGAUGGAGUCACCAUGUUUGUUGGGACUUCUGAUGAAGACUACCAGGUGAUGGUCAGCACCAAGCACUCGGAUCCUGUUGCUCGUCUGAGGUACCUCAAGUAUCCUGGUCAUGCCACUGUACAAAGGUUGAGCAAGCCAUCAGAAAUAGUGAAGUUUGGUGUAGCACAGUCAUUCUUUACAGAGACUCCCUCUCAAUUGGACAGCUCACCCGUUAAAUGGAUCUUAUUCAUUGCAUUUAUUUUGUCAGCUCUUGCAUUUUUCUGGUUUGGCAAGAAAACAAGAUUGAGACCAAGGAGUAGAAUACAUUCCAUCGGCAUAGGACUUUGCUUCGUAUGGGUGAUCAUAUGGGUAAGCGUUAUCAAUAACUGUGCAAUCUUUGGUUGUGAUACUGAUGAGGAAUUAGAGAACUCUGUCCGAUCAUCUGGACACCAAGCACCUCUCAAUACAUUGAACAACAAAAUGCUGCCCUCAGUGGUGAUCACUUCUUUGCCAGGGUCAGGUGCAGAGCUCAUCAGCUGGCUCUUUCAUGAGAACCCUGACUUCAUCUACAUGGUAGCUCCCUCCAUUUACGCUCGCCUACCUCGAGGUGACGGUAUUGAAGUCAACCCAAUCACGGAUGCCUGCGAAUGGAAUGAUAGCGAGUCUCUUCAUUCUGUCAAGCUCAAACAAUGGGUGCAGGACAUGCGAUGGAGCCCAGAGUUGUUUGUGUCUUCUAUCACGGACAAAAACCCUCAGUCAGAUGUGCAUUUCACCCAGGAAAUGAUCCAAGCUAAAAAGAUAGGACGUCGUCUCCUUGCCGUACAAGAACAACCAAAGAUUGAAAAUAAGGAAUUCAAUGACAUCAUUUAUAAGACCUUCUCUCCAAACAGUGUGCGUAGCCAUUUGGAGAAGUACCCCAAUGCCCAGGGUGUUCUCUUUUUCAAAAGUGGGGGAUGGACUCUGAAACUUCCCUGGAUCAACAGUGUUCUCAAAAACACUCUUCAUGCCAUUCAUUUUGUGCGUGAUCCAAGAGCAUUCGUCGCCAAUUACCUCCGCAAGUCUGAGGAAUUGUACAAAGCCAUGGAUGUCAAGCAAAGCAUCAAGGACCUGUUUGACCAGUCAGAAAAGUCUUGUGUUGAUGAUAAUGGACAAUAUGCUUGGGAAUUUGAAAAGCUACGUGCGGAAUACAGAGCCAAUAAGAACUCUGCUCUACGGCUGUUGGCAUCUCUAUGGGCGUCGCACACUGGAGCCAUUUUGCGGAAAGCGAGUGAUUUACCAAUUGGUGCCUUCAAGUUGGUGAAGGUGGAAGACCUUGUCAUGGAGUCGGAGAAAACAGCUGAAGCUAUUCACCGUCAUAUAGGUAUACCAUUGCGGCCUACAACCCUUCAAAAACUAAUCCAAGCCGCCAAAAGCAGCGUCUACAAACUCCCUUACGAGCUAGCUUACUCAGAGCGUUCCAUCGACUUGUGGCGUCGGGAGCUCAAUACAGAACAGAUCACCGAGAUUGAGCAGAUCUGUGGACCAGUCAUGACGCAGCUGGGUUAUGUAAGGGAAACAAAAUCCAUGCCUGUGAACGAAACAUAGUCACAGGAAGUAUUUCAUUUUGAUGCAUUUAUUCUGUACUAAUCAUAAUGUGAAACGAAAGUGUGAAUCUUCAAUGACUUCUGAACAGUGAUAGUUAAAAGCACAAACCAUCAUGUGAGUACUGUUAUCCAACUUCUCUGGAUCAGUUGGCAAAGAAAUCUGAAACAAAUGACUUCUGUGUCUAGGAACGAUUUCUUAGGUAUGUGAGGAACUUUUUUAGAAAUGAUAGCCAGUAAAGCCAAGUAUGAAAACAAGUUGUUCAUCUUUUUAUGCUUAAACCUAGUUCUAAGAUAUGCAAUCAAGACAAUUUUGUUGGCAUACAGCCUUUUUAUUUUGCUCAGUAUAGAUUUUAGUAAAAGAAUACAAGCAUUUUGUAAUAAAGAUAUUUUUUGCAUAAGUGCUUGAUGUAAUAUGGAAACUUGAAAUUGAAGAUCAUUUGCAAAUUUUGCAUGUAUAUUGUGAUGUGUAAUAAUACUAAAAAGCAACCUUAUUAUGCAUAUCGAAGAUACAUGUGUUAAAGGUUGGUUUUUUAUUAUUAUUAAUUAAUUCAUGGUAUAAAAACAAAAUAUGACUACCAGCCAAUCGUUGAAUCGUUGUUCAGAUUUUACAGGCAAGUUUUAGAAGUACAUAAAAUACAAUACAAUACUGAAAAAGAUAAGAAUGUACAAAAGCCAGAUGAUACUCAGGCGUGGGGAAACAGAUUGGAAGGAUUUAAAGCCAGCUUGUGUUUGGUAUUCAGAAAUGAGAAAGGAAGGAGCCGAUAACUCAUUGUUGGUCAUCAUGCAUAACUUUAUUAUUGCGUUUGAAAAUCAUUUUGAAAUGCUAUUUCCAUUUAGAAUUCAUAAAAUCUUGUGGAUGAUAGAUAUACAACCCAGACAGUGGUAAUUCUAAAUAUUUUGCCAGUCAUUUUCUAAAUCUUAGCUACCCGAACUUGACUCGUGUUCUGAUAUGUAACAUCCAGUGUUUAGGCAGCGGUGUAUAUUAUAUCUGGCCUUCAAAGUGGGAAGAGGAAAAGAACAAUGUCAGUACACAAACAGAAGAAAGAAAGAGAGGAAGAAUACAACAAUGUAGAUCUGUAACAGGUGCAUAUCAUUUGUGCUAAUAUACAGGUACAUGAUACAUUUUUUAUAAAUCCCACAUUGCUUACAAAUUCUUGCAGAGUUGGACAUUUGGAAGACAAUUUAUUUUUUAACUCAAUCGGUUCAGAUUAUUUGGUCAUAUUUAUUUACCUUUUCUGAAAUGGCAGUUUAUGAUACAUUGAAUAUCCUUUCAACUUAACUGAGCCGCAGAUUAAGAGAGAGAGAGAAGGGGGUCACAAUUAGGCUAUGUUCUCCCAUAUUGUAUUAAACACACACACAAAUAACUUCCUUUAUUGUGUUUUGGAAGUGCCUAAUUACCUCCAUCAACUUUUGUUAACACUUUUAUGAGUUAUUUAUCAUUUUUAAUAACCUCUCCAGUCUCCCUCCUUGAUUAAUUGAUCAUCAAUGCUUCAGUAUGGCCUUGGUUAAAUAUGCAGUGAUGAACUGAACUGCAGCCUUUGUUUGUUGUUGUUGCGAUGACAUAAAGUGUAAUUAAUUGUGAGCAGUUGACACGUAAAAUACACCUUUUGGAGAAGGGGGGAGGGAGGGGGUGGCAGUUUACCUUGUCAUAUCUGAAUGUGCCUCAAUGCAUGCACAUUUAGAAUCACUGAGGUUUUAAUGAUUAUUCUGAUAUUACACUGCACAGUCACAGGAAGUGGUAGAAACCAUUGAAAAGGGGAAAGAGUUAUUUCUGAUAUAUGAAUGGAACCACCUGUCAAACUGUCCAUAUUGACCUUGCUGAAUGAGUAUUGUGAUACAUGUACACUAGUAUCUGACUUUUGAAGGCUGCAUGCGUGGAGGCUGGUAUAUGUGUACUCGAUCAACUGGGCUUACACGUAACAUGUACAUGUACAUGUACAUGUAGAUAGGCCUCUACACCUGUCACACUACCAAACUGACCAAAAGCUUGACCAUUUGGGGGUGAUGUACAGGUUGUAAUUAUAUGUUGUUGUUUUUUAGGUUUAUGGGCAUUUAUCAUUCAGGGGUGAAUAUUUACGCCUCUUCUGCUAGGAUUUUUUUCCUUUCAAAUUAGAUUGACUUUUCUAAGUACUGGUAAAUAGAUUUGGAGAAAUUGGAUUUUACAAGUUAAAUGUUUUAUUUAAUGUUAAAGAGGUCAGUGGCUAGCAAGCCGAAGACCUAUCAGCUGUAUUGGACGUCCAAGGACCACCCGGACACGGGAUGUGCAGUUUAUUGUUAGUCUUGUUUCAGUAUUGUUGGUGUUACUGGGGUAUUUACAGGUGUACUGUAAAUACUGUUAAAGCUGUUUUAAAAAAAUGAAUGUAACCAUUUCAAUAUACUUACAGUUCCCGUGAGUGAAAACUACGCAUAUACAUGUACAAACAUUAAAUUGUAAAUUUAGAUAUUUAUUUUUGAGCCUGUAUUAGGGGUUGUCAAAUGUAGGCUGUCAAGUGUAGUCCCCCAGCCCCUGUAAAAUACAAGAAUGUAUUGAGAAGUUGACUGGAUACUGAUAUGUGGAGGCUGUGUGAACACUGGCUGACUGGCUGAAAAUCUUUGUUAUAACAUAACAAAAUGAUUCUUUUAUAUAUUUAAGAAUUUGUAUGCUGUCAUCUGUACACUGUUGACUUCUGUCUUCUAAAAAAUGCAGUGUUUCUGACAAAAUAAUUUAUCAUUGUGCCAUGCUGUUGAGAUGCAGCUAAUUUUGUUAAAUUUUUGUAUUUCUAUACUGCUAUACAUGUAUAAUCCAAUCGUGAUUUCCUUUUGUGAUAUAUCCUCUCAGCAAUAUAGAUAAAAUACUUUUAUAUGUCUUAUUUGUAGCGACAUGUGUAAAUAAAGACGUGAGGAACUGCCAAUGGCAGAAAUGUAGAGCGCAUUGUGCAUUCAAUUCAUUUGUAUAAUAAUGAAAUUAUGUCCAUGUAUAGCAAAAUUAUGAUAUAUAUGCAAAAUCAUGCAAUGAUUUAUACCUGACUCACCUGUGUGCUAUAGUUAACCAUUUCUUUAUUUUUAUUAUUUGAUGUACAUGUACGUGUACACCUCGUGUAGAUAAAUAUUUGAUUUGCUAUUUACCUUUCUUGAAAAGGAAUUUUCAAGAAGUCUUUGUUAUUUUUGAUGAUCAGUUUGCUCUAUAUGUUUGAUGUGGUUACAACUCACGGAGCUCUUAUGAGGCUAACUUUUAAAUGAGAGAUUUGUACAAACCUGUCCACUGCAGAGAUAGAGUAAAAAAAAAUACAAACAUUUGCUAUUUUCUCGAGAUAGAUCGUGAUCUCAGUCACAAACAAAAUUUAUGCAAGGCUCCGUCAAAUUUUGUGAUGUGGUGCAUUUUAUACAAGACCCUUUUUGGACAGGAAGAUUGUAACUUUGAAAAUAUGUUAUCUUUUCAUAUAAAUAUGUAGUUUGAAAUAUAUGUACAUGUAGCUGGUAUGUGUAUUUUUAAUUCAAAAAAUUGCAUCUUAAGUGACAAAUCAUGGUAUUUACACAGCUCUUUUUAAACAAAUGUGCCUACACACGUUCCUUGUUUUGUUAUUAUUUGAAAUUUAAUUUAUGAUCAGUUUAAAAAGAAAUCAGUUGUCUUGUCUUUACAGUUUGUUAAAUAUAUUAUCCUAUAAAUGAUUAUACAUACAUUUACAAAGAUAAAGGUAAAUGUGCAUACACUUAAAGCACUAUGUGUACUCGUACUAAAAGAACAUAAACCUGAGCUGUUACAGUACAUGGGUUUUAUUGUAGGAAUGUUGUAGCUUAACUAGUAGCUUACCUAAUAUUAAACUACCGGUACAUGUAUUGUUUACCAUACAGAUAUAAUGAAUGCUUAAGAGUAGAAUGAACAUUCUUUGUGAUGUUUACUAUUAAAUGUAGUGUUUAUUUUUCUUUACACAAUAGCAAUUGUUUAGUUCAUUAUGGUUGUAAAACUGUUUUAAGGGUAUUGAGAGCAAGGUAGUCCUAUUUGGAUUGGACACCUCCUUUUAGCCCUGAUAUUGUACCUCCAAUACCGGUAGUUAUAAUUGGAUAUGUGUAGUACAUGUAUCAUAUUCUAGUGCUGGCCAAUAGUCUAUUUAAUAUACAGGUCAUUUAAAUAGUUAGAGGUGUGUAUUUUAGGAGGUUUUUAAUUUCUUGAGUAAUGUGCUGUUUCUUAGAAAUGCAGGAAUUUUGUUCCAUCGGGUAGUGGUACCAGUAACAUUUAGAUUGGAUGAUGCAUGAAUAACAUGUUUUGGCCAUUCAAGUGGUUAUCCUGUUUCUGUUUCAAAGAAGGAGAAUGUCGAGUAUGGAAAAGGAAACCUUAACAUGCGUGAAACUUUCACUCCUUCUGUAUAAAGUGAUGAAGAUUCACAAAAGGUAUAUAAUGUAUGCUUGGAAAAACAUGAAGUAGAAUUAGAUCGAAUCACUAUUGUGGAUUAUCAGAAUUCACAAAAGUCUUUGGUUGUGUCAGGGUCAUCUCCCUGGUACCACCGUAUAAUUGCAGCUAGUAUUUGAAUCCCUAGUUGUAAGAUUAUGUGAAAAUGCAUUAUUUUUGUCAGAUUUUCACUUGCCAAAUUAAUUCUUUUACUGACCACAGAGAAAUGCUAAGCUUCUGUUGCAAUCUUUACUAAGAUACUUCAGUAUUGUUGAGCCACUUAUAUUGUGAUUUGGACAAGUGUUCAUGUAAGUUUUUAAGUAUUGGAUCAAUUGUGGCAAGUCGGGGUUUAAUAAACUAAGCUACCUGUACAGUAUAUACAUCAUUGGGGGUUGACACUUCUGUAUACUUAUCGUAGACCAUGUGGUAGUAACUUUUACACCAUAAUAUUGGGAUAGGGAGGAACCUAACUCUUUUGCGAUCAUUUCAUUUUUGCGGCCGAUUAUUCCCAACACACGGACGAAAAUGAAUCCAUUUUGGUGGAUGGGAAUUUUUGCUAGUUAACAUUUGCAACAUUUGUGAAAAGUGAAAUGUCACACUGACAAUGCAAUGCUCUUUCAGUCUUCAUGCAGACAGCCAACGAUAUAUACUACAUGUACAUGAAUUAUAAAGUAACAUCAUAGUUAGUAAUACAG